GAUGCCCGUUCCCUCGACCGGACGAUUGCCGAAACCGCAUUGCAACGUGCUUAUGGCACAAUUGCGGGACUACUUGCACACUGCAGUACCAGCUCCAUUGAUGGACGCCGGAGCAAAGGUUGUCGACCUUCAUGUUUUCAUCGCGAAGAUCGACCGCGAGUUCAAGACGCAACGGUACGACGACAUCGACGCACCAUUGCUAUACAUACGCAUUCAGAUCGGAGAGGCGACCUGCAGUGCCUUGAUCGAUUGCGGAGCAUCUCGCAACUACACCAGCCAGGACUUCAUGGUACGCGCCGGUCUUGGCCCACUUGUCCAGAGGAAGUCCCAGCCUACGCAAGUCACCCUGGCAGACAGUCAUACGCACAAGUCCAUCGACUGGUGCAUUGACGCCGUCCCAGUGUACUUUGCCCCUCACGCAAGUGAGGCGGUGUCCUUUGACAUUCUGGACACCAAAUUCGACAUGAUCUUGGGCAUGUCAUGGCUGCGAAGCAAGGAUCACCCGGUGAACUUCUUCAACUGCACCGUUCACGUUCGUGACCGGAACGGAGUAUUAGUUCCAUGCACGGUGCCUCUUCCUCAUCCUUUGAUCAGCUGCCACGUGGUAUUCGCUGCAAGCAUGCGAGCUUCCAUCAUCAGAGACGACAUCGAGAAAAUGAGGGUGUGUUUUCUCCACGCCCUCCCGCCCCAUGACGCUUCAUCGACGGACUCACCUUCGGAUCCACGCAUCACCAAACUUCUCGACGCCUACAGCGACGUGUUCGAAGGCCCGCACGGAGUAGUACUGGACCGACCCAUCCGCCACGAGAUCAUCCUCGAGGACGGGGCCGUACCUCCGCGCGGUUGCAUCUACCGAAUGAGCGAGGAAGAGUUAAGUGUGCUUCGGGCACAACUCGACGACCUUCUAGAGAAAGGCUGGAUUCGGCCUAGCUCAUCGCCAUACGGUGCUCCUGUUCUCUUCGUCCGGAAGAAGAACAAGGACCUGCGGUUGUGCAUCGAUUAUCGCAAGAUCAACGCGCAGACGAUCAGGAACGCCGACCCUCUCCCACGCAUCGACGACCUUCUCGAGCGAUUGGGCGACGCCCAGUUCUUCUCUAAGCUGGAUCUCAAGUCAGGGUACCACCAACUCGAGAUUCGCAAGGAGGAUUGCUACAAGACCGCGUUCAAGACACGGUAUGGGCAUGUCGAAUGGCUGGUCAUGCCAUUUGGCCUUACGAAUGCCCCGACCACUUUCCAAGCAGCUAUGACAACGGAGUUCCGACACAUGCUGGAUCGUUACGUACUUAUCUACCUCGACGACAUCCUGGUGUACAGCCGGAGUUUGGGGGAGCAUGUGGAGCACCUGCGCACCGUUUUGGAGCGGCUACGACAGGCCAAGUACAAAGCCAACCACGACAAGUGUGAAUUCGCGCGGCAGGAGCUGGAGUACUUGGGCCAUUAUGUGACGCCGCAAGGCAUCCGUCCGCUCGCGGACAAGAUCGAGGCCCUACGAGUAUGGCCCGAGCCCACCAACACUACGGACGUUCGUUCAUUCAUGGGAUUGGCGGGCUACUAUCAGCCAUUCAUCACCGGAUACUCCAGGAUUGCUGCACCUAUGACGAGGUUACAGUCGCCAAAGGUGCCAUUCGUAUUCGAUGACGACGCACGCCGGUCAUUCCAAGCACUUAAGACGGCUAUGCUCAUGGCACCCGUCCUUAGCAUCUAUGACCCCACCUUGCCGACGAGAGUGACUACGGACGCUUCCGGCUACGGCUUUGAGGCAGUCUUGGAACAUCACGACGGCGACGACUGGCACCCUGUGGAGUAUUUCAGCCACAAAGUGUCUCCCAUCAACUCGCUUGAUGAUGCAAGGAAGAAGGAGCUACUCGCGUUCGUCAUGGCUCUCAAGCGAUGGCGGCACUUCCUCCUUGGGCGUCGUAGGUUCACAUGGGUUACAGACAACAAUCCAUUGACCUACUACAAGACGCASGAUACGGUGAACAGCACGAUCGGACGAUGGAUGUACUUCAUCGACCAGUUUUACUUCACACCGAAACAUCUACCCGGCCUCUCAAAUCGUGCAGCUGAUGCACUCUUGCGAAGACCAGAUCUUUGCGCUAUGACACAUCAUGCCUUCGCAUUCGACGACGAGCUUCAGCGACACUUCAUCCGGGCAUAUGAGUCUGAUCCAGACUUCGGCACGCUCUAUGCGCAGCUAUCUUCGGAUCACCCGCCGGCCAGCCAUUACCGCAUUGCCGACGGGUACUUGCUCCUCCACUCGAGAGGCAAGGACUUACUAUGUGUCCCACGCGACCGUCGUCUUCGGACUCGCCUCCUCGACGAGUAUCAUGAUUCACGACUUUCCGACCAUUUCGGAGUCAACCGCACUAUUGCACGGCUUCGACAGCGAUUCCGAUGGCCCGACCUCAUUACCGAUGUCACUCGGUAUUGCGACUCUUGCGAAUUUGUUGACGUCUUGUCUCUGGCCAAUAUCAGCGUCAUUUUCUUUGAGAGCAAGUAUGCUGGUUAUUAUUUGCAUGGCCGUUCAUUAAUGCCCUUCUCUGACACAAGCAUGCUGGAGUUCAACUUGGAGCUCAAGAAGGAACAGACAGAGAAAGGACGCUCAGCCAGUCGGAGCUUUGCGAAAUGGGCGGAGAGGGGCCAGAGGGUGACGACCGGCACGUCGCACAGCUCGUGGAGGUUGCGUUGCAGUCUGUGCAACAAAGAGUUCAUCGGCACGCUCAGCAAAGUCGUGAAUCACCACACCCAGCCGUCGGGCAAUGCCCGCUGUCCCCGUACCACCGGUGAGAUUCUUUCUGUGAUUCGGAGCAAGCACCCGAAGGUGAAAUUGUUCCCUGCGCCGAUGGCGAAAUUGAACGAGUACUAUGCUUUACACGGACGUCCGGCAGAUGCUGAGGAUCCGCAGGAUCUUGCAUUGGGUGAUGGAGCUGGUGCAUCGGGGGAGCCUGGUACGUCGUCGGCAGGGGGAGACGGUGGGCGUGACACAGGUUCAACGGGGGGACAAGGCAGUGGUGUCGGUUAUGAUUCGACAUCUGUUCAACGACGGGAGAGGGCAGAUUUUGUUGCCUAUACAACCGCUCCGGAUUCCAGAGAGCCUGACCUCCCGUCGAAGAUUGCUGAUCACCUGCGGGGUCCUGUUCUGGUUGAGUUCGACCAGGGGGUUGCUUCGUUCUUCUUUGAUAAUGCCAUCGCCUUCAAUGCCGCGCGCUCAGACUCGUACAAGAACUUGAAAAGGAUCAUGAACCUGGUAGCGAGGUCGAGGAAGAUGUUGCGAAUGUCAGGGUACAACUACUUGAGGACGAAGGCCCUGCCCGCGGAGUACAAAGUGGUGGACAAUGAUUUGGACAAAAUCCGAGAGCCGUGGGAUGUCACAGGCCUCACCUUGAUGACGGAUGGCACAACAACGACCAACAACAGGCCGGUCAUGAACUUCAUUGCAGCCGGCGAUUCGGGGGCGGUCAUGGUGAGGAGUGUGGACAUGGAGGGGAAGGAUAAGUCGGCUCCGGCUUUGGUGAGGAUAUGGGUGGAGGUCAUAAGGGAGUUGGGGGUGCAUAGGGUCAACGCCAUCUGCACCGACUCAGCACAGGUUAACAUUUCUGCCAGGAAGAUUUUGGCUGAGCACGAGGACCCUGCCAUUAGAAACAUUCCAUGGGUGUCGUGCGCAUGCCAUGCGUGCAACUUGCUCAUAUCUGACAUUGCUUCGGUGUCAUGGGUCGCGGAGGUGAUUCUGCAGGGCAAGGAGAUCACAACCUUCAUCAAGAGACAUCAGCGGGCGUUGGCGAUGUUUCAAAAAAGUGGGAGGGAGUACAAGACACGGAUGAACAUCAAAGAAGGGACGCCGUUGGAGCUGAUCCAGCCGGGGGAGACUAGAUUUGGCACGAACAUCCUCAUGCUGCAGCGUCUUCGGGAGUGUGAGGGCGUGUUGCUGUUGACUGUUUCCAACCCGUGGUGGGAUGACUCUCCAUGGGACAGGAUAGCAGCGACACGGGCGCGGUCGUGCAAGGAGCUCAUACGAGACCCUGGUUGGUGGUUGACUGUGGACAGGGCAUGCACCUUGCUUGAGCCCGUUUACGCCUUGAUGAAGAACAUGGACAAAGAUGGGAGGAUGGGUAUGCAGGUGUGGUCGUUGGGCAUCACGUUGGAGAAGAGAAUGGCCGUGCUACCCAUGGAUCACGAGACAAGGCAGUUCGUGAUGGCGAAGGUCAAAGACCGUGUGCGGAUGAUGGCUCUACCUGUGCAUGCAGCGGCUUGGUGCCAAGAUGGGAUCGUGAACACUGAGCAGCUAGAGUGGGAGACACCCGAGGACGACGCUCCUUUCGACGGUUUCAUGCGAGAUGGGGAGUACGACCCCGCAGAGGUGAAGAGGAGGGUUGCCAACUGCUCGAAAUCUCAAGGGCGCAGAUCGAAGAGCACCAGAUUCGAUGUGCGGGAGAUUCAGGAGGAGAGGGUGGAUGACGGGGCGUGGCUCCUUGAUGUUUCCUAUCGCCCUCGCUGUCUCGCGGUUGACAACCACGGGAAGACCGCUGCUGCUGUUGAUGAGGAGGAGGACGACAGAGACGACAACGAUGGUGAUGACGAGUUACUCGAAGUGCGGCUCACAGACAAGCGGCUUAGCAGGCGGUCGGGCGGCGGGUCAUGUUCUGCGACAGAUGUCGACAUCACGCCGUUGGCUGGCCGUGCAUCCGGCGGGCCUUCGGCGGCUACUUCGGUGUCAUUGAUGGGCGACGCUGGUGCCCGUACACGACUGCGCAGCUGGGCGGCUGGUGGUGUGGCUUCAGUUCAGGGCACCAGCACAGUCUUGGGCGCGCAACACACUCCUCACCGGCGAGCUGCGGUCGAGGAACUACGCACAGGCUCCGGGGCAACAUGCGGAGGAUCGACGGAUAUUGACGAGGACAGUGUUGCUGCGGGGGAUUGCCCAAACAGGAGCCGACGCUACCACAGUGCGCGACCUUCUUCAUCCUCGGACUCUAGGCGAUCUCGGUCUCCGCGAGGUUAUGACCAUGGAAGGAGGGAGAUACCUCAGCAAUUGGACCCGGAGCUGAGAAGUACCAUUUCUAAGUUGGGGAAAAGCAUAUCUGUGAUGGAAGAGCACUAUGCAGUUGAGCGGGAGAAGAAGGAGAUCAAGCAGAGAAGGAAAUUGGAGAAAGAGGAGUCUGAACGACGCGCUGAGGAGGAACGGGCUAGGAAGGAGGAGGAAAGGGUCCAUGCUAAGAAGAAGGCGCUGAAGAUAAAACAGAAGAAGACACUUGAAGCUGAAGCACGUGCGAUGAUGCAAAAGGACCUGAAUAUCCAACUUGCUAUCCAAGCUGGUGAGCUGGAAGACCGUUUGGUGGACAGGAUGUACGAAGUGGUUGCGCCAGUGCUCCCCUCCACUCGGGAACGGGGGAAGAAGCAGGUCACUUAUGCAUCAGGGUCGAACGACUCGGCAUCCGAUAAGAGUGAAGAAAGUGACACUAGCGUCACUCAAGAACUUAGUGCACAAGCUCAGCGUCUGUGCAUCACCGAGAAACGGAAGAGAGGUCCCGAGCCGGUUUUCGGCGAACCAAGUCCGCCGAUGGAGCUGCCUGCAAAGCGAACCCCCAAGAGGGGGAUAUUAAAACCAGUCAAACUCACGGGUCGUCUGACCCGGUCCAAGUCCAAGAAGGCUGGUGGCGGACGUACCCCUACCUCGACCAAGAAGAAGAUUGCUACACCGCUGUCGAAGCGCAAAAUGCCUACACGUUGUACACCUACUGCUAGAGUGACGUCGGCAACUAAGGGGGUGUUGGCUCGACUGCGCUACCGAAAUGAUGUUCUGAAGGAACUCAAGGCUCUUGAUGCUGCUGAAUUGCAGGGUAUCUGCCGGAAGGAAGGCCUGCACUACAACAAGAAGAUUGAUGUCAUUUUUGACAUAGCUGAUCAUCGUACGGAGAUAGCUUUCGCCAGUACUGCCACCAAAAACGCUGAAGUCAUUCAUAUUGCUGCCUCCGAUGAUGUUUGCGAUGAUGCCGAGGCUGAGCCGACUACUCACGUGUGACUCGUUUUAUCUGUACAACAGCUAUGGAAGCUUUGUCGUCUUCUCACUCACGAAUGAUGUGAGUCUCUGAUUGUUAAUAAGUCCGUUGAGAUUGUCCUUCGAUUAGGUUUUUUGCUGUUAGUCGUGCAAGGUCAGAUCCGAUGGGCCAGUAAAUGCAUUCCGAGAUG